UCUUUCGUUUAUUCUCUACGUCUUUCUAUCUGCAACAUCUAUGAGUUAAGCUUCAUUUAACACAUGCUAAACUAUAGAUUUUUUCACAUAAAACUCACGUUCGUAUGCAUCAAACUCGAAGAUUCUCCAUUGCGACGCAGACACAACAUAUUAUCCCCAGCACGUUCCAUAUCAGUGGAUCGAUACAAGUACGUAAUUAGCGAGGAGCGAGAUAUAGCAGCAACUAGACACAUGCCAACUAUUAUGAGAAAGCAGACCUCGUUGGGCGAUUCAGCAGACACAUCCACAUCAGCAUAUAUUUCUAGAGCACCAAUACGGGAGAACAGCGGACAGGCUUUUGAGGGAGGGGAUAAGCCUUUGGAAUUUAAGAGAUCAAUGAGUUUUACUCGCCGUUGUUCAGUACCAGUAAGCAUAAACUAUCAAACCGUACAGGUGGUGCAUCAUUCUGGCGCUCAUUUGCAGAGAAGGAGUUCCAAUAUAAACAUGGGUAGCCUGACAGGCAUGAAUCUAGACAUGCAGACUAAUUCAAUACUCGAGACGAAAAGACGCGUACGCAUGAUCAAUCGUCAUUGAAUGCUAUGCCUCAUAACUCUUAAAAUAUCAUGGAUUACAACCGUCACUAACAAACCUUCCAACGAACAUAAUAUACGAAUUUAAAAGAAACUAAAAAAAAUAUAUAUACAUACAAAUGCACCUAAUCCCGUUUUACACGGUGUUUUUUUAAACGGUUUUGAUUUAACACGGUUUGAAAAUUAUAAAUUUGGUUACACGACGUUAUUCCAUUUAACACUUUAAACAUAUGAUCGAUGUCUUUUUUUACACGACUUUUUCUGGAACCAA